CCAACUUUGGAAAAAAACUCUCCAAGUAGCCAGCAGCAGAAGAAUCUGAUUCUUUGAGAAUACGAACGUACCAUUAAUAACACAUUAUCUCUCCUCCCUCAAUCAGCAUUAUUGUUGAGAAUAAAUGCUGAAAAUUCCCGGCACCCAUAAUUCUAUGUGGAUUCUUCUUUAUAUGUUCGAUCCGAUUGAUCAAAAGCAGGAGUUUUGCUUGGGAGUUUUGUGCAGUGCCACCAAAUCCAAGUGAUGUUACUGUUUUUGUUGCCUGUUUUUGUUAUUGGGUUUGGAGUUGGAGCGCUGGCGAUUGUGCUCGCGGAAGCGGCGGGCCUCUAUUUUAUCCUCAAUUGGUUGAAUUGGAAGACCAAAGAAACGGAAGCCCGGAUAGCAUCACGAUCACAAGAGUUUUUUCGGGACCUUGAUCCCAAUCAAUCCCUCAAUUUCACUAACAACAAGAAGGGGGUAGUAUGGAUUCUAGAAUCAGAAAAUAUUCCAAGAAAUUGGCUGGACAAAGCACUAAGGGAGCAAAAGAGAAAGAAGGAUUUAUUGGAGGUUUACCCUGUUAAAAAGCAUGCAAAAAUAAAGGACCAAAAGCUUGUUCUGACCGAAUCAGAUGGUUCCCACUCAGCUAUUGAGCUUAAGGGCUGCAUGAUUGAAGCUGUUUCAGCAACAAGUCUUGUUUCACGAAAAUGGGCCAAAAGGUUUCCCAUAAAAAUAGAAAGCAAUACCUCAGUAAUUUACAAUGGAAAUAAAACUUUUUACAUCUAUCUCGAGACAUCUUGGGAGAAGGAAGCAUGGUGUAAGGCCCUCCGUCUCGCUUCAGGCCACAAUAAGGAGAGAGUUGUGUUGUUCGCUUCGCUGCACGAAGAGUUCCACAGGUACCUGAUGACCUUAAAUGCAGGCUAUCCUUCAUUCAUGAAACCCUCGAUUGGGUUCUCUGCUGAGCCAGCAGAACGAACAAAUAGGCCUGAUGGAACUUCCUCAAAGGUUCGCCUGCUUUUGAAGAAAAUAGUUAAGAAGAGUUCUAGGGUAGGUUUAGAAAAUAGGUCAAGUGGGACUUCAUCAUCAGGUCGUGCAGAGAGAAAGGCAAAUGAGAAAAUUGUUCCAUCUCAGGAGACAAUAUCAGCCUCUGGCUUGGGGAAGAUAUCUAAGAGUGAAGAAAAUAUGGUUCAACCAUCGUCAUCAACAUGUUCUCGUUCUGGAAGCCCAAGUCAUGCCUCUGUCAUGUCUGAUGCAGAUUCUGAUGAUAAGUUUGGUACUGAUGAGGGCACACUCUGUUGGAACUUGUUAAUCUCAAGGCUGUUUUUUGAUGUCAAAAGCAAUACAGAGAUGAAAAGAUCCAUACAAUCACGUAUUCAGAGAACGCUGUCCAGUAUGAGAACCCCCAGUUACAUCGGCGAACUCAUCUGUACUGACAUUGAGCCUGGGAAUCUCCCACCUUACAUUCAUGGUGUGAGGAUUCUUCCAGUGGACAUGAAUGAGGUAUGGGCGUUCGAAGUCGACAUUGAAUAUUCUGGUGGCAUUGUUAUAGACAUUGAAACAAGACUCGAAGUUCGUGAAUUAGAUUCCCAGAAGGGCGUAGUGGAUUUGGAUAUGGAAUCAAGCUCUGUUGGGGAAAUCCCAUCAGAUCUUCUUGAAGGUUUUGAGUACUUUGGAAGGCAGUUCAAUCCUACUGGCGUUGCAGCUGAUCCACUAGAUGGUAAGGAGAAAGUCGAUCCUAAUACUGAUCGGUCAAAAAACUGCAAGAGCACUACAUCAGCAUCAACUUAUGGUUCCAGGUGGAAGUCUAUUCUUAAUUCCAUUGCUAAACAGGUUUCACAGGUGCCUCUCUCUUUGGCCAUAAGGGUAACAUCCCUUCGAGGAAUGCUGCGGUUCCAUAUAAAGCCCCCUCCUUCUGAUCAGCUAUGGUUUGCUUUCACAUCCAUGCCUGUUAUAGAUUUUAACCUUGAGUCUUCUGUUGGGGAACACAGGAUAACUAGUGGACACAUUGCUUUGUUCCUGGUCAACCGGCUUAAGGCAGCUAUCCAGGAAAAUCUGGUGCUUCCAAACUGUGAGAGUGUAUGCAUUCCUUGGAUGAUAGCAGACAAGGAUGACUGGGUAUCAAAGAACAUUGCUCCAUUCAUAUGGCUUCACCAAGAAGUGAUUAGUGAUCCUACCACUGGGCUUGAAGUAACCACCUCCCAACCAACUGAAGGAAAACUGAAGACAGAAGCUAGUAAGGGAACCUCCAGUGACCCAGAGUGCAAGCAUACAAAACUGAAGAAUGCUGAGUCAAUCAACGAAUCUUCCGAUGGAUUGGAAAUUUCAACAAGAGCACGUAGCAGCAGAAAUUUGCAAGAGUUGAGAACUCCUUUGUUAGGGAAUGAUGAACCACAAGAAACUUGCAAGCAAGUUGAGGAAGUACCAAAGCAUCAAUCAUAUUCUAGGUCUGUGACUUUGAUUGACAAACAGAACAGUACCACAGAAGGGGAUGAUUUGAGGCAGAAGAGAAUGGGGAGAAGAGCAAGGAUGCUUGAUUUAGGGAAGAAGGUGGGUGAGAAAUUAGAAGAAAAGAGGCGUCACAUCGAAGAAAAGGGUCGGCAUAUUGUUGAAAAGAUGCGUGGACCAUGAAAUAGCCUGAACAAGAAGAUACACAUCUCAUAAGAUACAAACUGACAAAAAAUUACUGUUUUCAAAUGGAGGAAUGUUGAGGCAUCAGGUAUUUGUUGUGUUGGUGGUAAAUAGGUUUCGAAUUACAUGGAAAUCCAACUGUUAUUCCUGCUUGCAGAAGAAUGUUUCACAUGAAUCAUGCAGAUGAUUCUACUCACA